CGGAUAGACACGCGCAACCCACCUGCAAUCCACCUCCACCACACAGCCACCACUACAGCACGGCAAAGAUGGCAAUGGCCGACAGACGACGAAUAAACGGCCCGAGCAGCACAACCACCACCCCAGUGUUCCUCCCAUCACCCGCGCAACCCCCAGCGCGCUGCGCACCCACAGAGCUCCGCAAAAUCUUCCUCAAGACCUCCCUCACCCCUCCCGCGACGGGCAGCGCCUUCCUCGAGCUCAGCCUCCCGAGCACCCUCAAGCUGACCGCAAGCGUGUACGGACCCCGGCCGCUCCCUCCAUCCGCCGUCUUCUCCCCGCACGCAUGCAUCACAGCGGAGCUAAAAUUCGCGCCGUUCUCUACGCUCGGUGCGCGGCGGGGCUAUGUGCGCGACGCGCUGGAACGCGACCUCUCGGCGCAGCUGCAGGUGGCUCUCUCCCGCGCCAUAAAGACCGCUGCCUACCCGAAGUCUGGCAUCGACGUCUUCGUUACGGUACUCGACUGUGAGGGCGCCAUUGAUGAUGAGGGCUUGGGCGCUAUGCAGGCGCUCGCUGGCGCGAUCACCUGCGCGUCGGCUGCGGUUGCGGAUGCCGGCAUCGAGUGUGUGGAUCUGGUGAGUGCGGGCAUUGCGGCGCUCGUCGAGGUGCCCGGGGAUGAGGGGUUGCUCACGGUAUUGGAUCCGAGCCCGCUUGAUGGCUAUGAUGUUAAGGCUGCGGCGUUGGUGGCGUAUAUGGCCGGUAGAGAUGAGAUCUCGCUCUUGUGGGUUAGGGGGGAGGUCGAGGGAAGCGUGUUUGACGGCGUGGUGGACAGUGCUGUGCAGGUGGCUGCGGGCGUGAGGGCGGUGGUCAAUGAGGCGGUUAAGGAGCGAGUGGUGUUGGCGGUGAAGGCCGGUACGGCAGAUGUGGAUAUGAGUGGAUAGAAGCAUGGAUGGUGGGAGAAAAUUGGGCUGGCUUUCGGAGUUGGUGGUUGCUUUGUGUUUGUUAAUGCUAUCUGGAUGACCUGGUGCGAGAUUGACGAUCAAUUUCCAUAGCGAUUGGCUGGAUGGUAAUGACUCUCUCACCGCCGAUACUAGCCACCUACUUUACCAUCGAAACACAUUUGAUAGCAUAUGGCAAAAAUCAUG